AUGACACAAAAUAAUGUUGGUGGAUCAGCGAAAGAUGCAGCCGAUCAGAAUUUUGAUUAUAUGUUUAAAUUACUUAUUAUCGGAAACUCAUCUGUAGGAAAAACAUCAUUUCUUUUUCGAUACGCCGAUGAUUCGUUUACAUCAGCCUUUGUUAGUACAGUUGGUAUUGAUUUUAAGGUUAAAACUGUAUUUCGUCAUGAUAAACGUGUUAAAUUACAAAUAUGGGAUACAGCUGGUCAAGAACGUUAUCGAACAAUAACAACUGCAUAUUAUCGUGGUGCAAUGGGCUUUAUUCUAAUGUAUGAUAUAACAAACGAAGAAUCAUUUAAUGCUGUACAAGAUUGGUGUACACAAAUAAAAAUGUAUUCAUGGGAUAAUGCACAAGUUGUUCUAGCUGGAAAUAAAUGCGAUUUAGAACAGGAUAGAGCUGUGACACAAGAACGAGGCAAACGUCUUGCAGAUCAAUUGGGUAAUUUGGUUCUACAGAUAAAGACACAUUCAUGGGAAAAAACCCCGGUUAUAUUAAUUGGGAAUAAAUGUGAUAUGGCAAAUGAGAGAGUUGUUCAUUUGGAAGAAGGAAAAAAACUUGCCGAUGCAAUCGGUUUGGAAUUUUUUGAAACUUCAGCAAAAGAAAAUAUCAAUGUUAAAUCUGUAUUUGAAAGAUUGGUUGAUAUUAUUUUAGAAAAAAUGUCUGAUGCAAGUGAUGAUUCAAGUGGUACUGGUCAAGGAAAUGCUGUCUAUGGUAAUCAACCAGGUGCAUAUAAUAAAGGAACUACAAGACUUACCGUUAAUGAUCAACAAACUAAAGGCAAUCAAUGUCAAUGUUAG